GAUGUCAGGACGAUGCAAUGUGAAAGUUGCAGUACGAGUGGGACCAAUGAAUACAGGAGAAGACAAAAGACAAUCUGUAUGUAUUGUCGAUAUGGACCAAAAGAAGAUCACCCUGCAACCAUUUACUGUCAGCGAAAAUGGAGAAAUCUCUGAAGCAAGAGAAUUUACUUUUGAUCACUGCUUCUGGUCUGUAGAUAACUCAUGUCCCGAUAAUUAUGCAGGGCAAGAAGACAUUUUUGGAACCCUUGGGCAGGAGAUAGGCGACAACACCUGCCAAGGGUACAACUCUUGCAUCUUUGCUUAUGGACAAACGGGAUCAGGUAAAACCUUCUCAAUAAUGGGAACGGAUAAUGAACCAGGUCUGAUCCCAAGGUUUUGCUCUGCCUUAUUUAGUGGAACUAAUGUUUUACAUAACUUGAAAGUGGAGGUAUCGUUCAUGGAAAUAUACAAAGAAGAGGUGAGAGAUCUUUUACAGGGCAAACAGCCAAUGAAGAAUCUCAGAGUCCGAGAACAUAAAGUGAUUGGUCCUUAUGUAGAGGGAUUGUCCCAACAUGCAGUCAGUAACCCUGAUGAUAUAAACUUUUUGCUGGCAGCAGGAAAUAAAUCAAGGUUAAUCGAGGCUACAGAUGUGAAUGUAGAAAGUAACCAAUCCCAUGCCAUAUUUACCCUCACUGUAACCCAUUCUUCUCAUCAUGAAUCUGGUACUCUUCAUGAGCUUCUUAGUACGGUCAGCUUUGUGGAUCUGGCGGGCAGUGAGAGGACAUAUAAAUCAGAUGAUGACAAAAAUGAUUUGGCUGGGUGUAUGAAUAUAGACGAAUCACUUACAGCUUUGCGUACUGUCAUUGCUUCCCUAGCCGACAAGUCAAAAGAAAAUAAAGAGCAACAUAUUGUCAACUACCACAAUUCUGUGCUCACUUGGCUCCUCAAAAAUAACCUAGGAGGAAACAGCAGGACCGUUAUGUUGGCAACUAUUAGUCCAACUGAUAUAAGUUAUAUGGAAGCUGUUUCCACUUUGACAUAUGCAGACAUGGCCCAAAAAAUUGUUAACUAUGACAUUGUAAAUAAGGACGUUCAACGAAAGAGAAUUCAAAAGUUACAGGAAGAAGUCAGAAGACUGAGUAAACAGACUCGGAAAUCCCAGAAGCACAACAAAAACAUGUGGUCAAAACUCACAGAAACAAAAAAUCUUCUUAGAGAAGCUCAAUUACCCUGGGAAGAAAAGCUAAAAAAUACAGCAAGAGUUGUGCAGGACCAGACUCGGCACCACCGCGGAGCAUUUGGCUUUAAGAGCUCUCGGUGUGAAUAUGAGGACAUGGAUUCAGGAAUUUGUCGGUCGGAGGAGGAAAACAAAAUAAAUGUUGCAGAUGACAAAUCACAUAAUUCACAAACUACGACAUGCCCAGAAAGCAUUUCAGGUAGAAUUCAAAAAUCACAAAAAGAGUUGACAGAAUUUAUUCAUCUGAAUUUUGAUGAAUUAUUGGACAAAUUCGUCUCAGAAUGUCUACUCACCUGGAAGGAUUGCUUCGAAAUAGAAAGCAAAAAUGAUGGAAUGGAGAAAACUGAAAUGUUAUAUACAAUUAUUUCAGGGAAAGAAGUAAAAAUAUGUGAAAGAUUUCUUCAGAUCUUAGAGAAAGAAAAUUUGAAUAAGAACGGAGAAGAAGGUGGCCAACCUAAUAUCAAAAAUGAAAACAAGGAAACAGACAAAGCUGUAAAGAAUUCCUUUGGAGAACUCCUGGCAAAAAUGAAAAUGGAAUCUUACCGGUCCAAUAAAUUGUCGCUCCGUACAUUUCUUCAGAUUGUACCAGACUGUUCCAAAGCAUUGCAUACCUGCUCCAAUGAGUCCUUAGCCUGGAAUUUCAUUCAUAAAAUAAUUGCGUUAAAUGGAACAGCAAGAAACAUAAGUAUAAUCAAUGAAAGCAGCGACAAAAGAUUUGAUGAUUAUUUGAAUGAUGAUUCAGAGUGGGACAUUACAAGCGAAGCCUCUAAUUCUAUCCAUCCUCUAGAUGUUCUCUGUGUUAUUCUGCAUUGUUCGGAUCAUUUUUUGCAGCAGGAAAUAUUUUCAAAAAUAUCUCUCUGCCAGUUUGCCGUCCCUUUAUUGCUCCCUGAUACCGAUGGUUCGAGCUUCACCUUCAUGCUGUGGGUAAUGAGAGACAUUGUUAAACGUUGGAGACCGGAAUCAUUAUCAGAAAGCAAGGGUUUCAGAGAAGAAAACCUGGUCCAAAUAAGCAUGCCAACAUUCUCUUUUGUAAGACUGGGGGAAAGUAAAUUAUCCAAAUCAAAAACUUUAAAUCAGGUUCUCAGUCCGGCUCAUCUGAACCAUAACUGGUUUGUUCACGAUAAUAUGGAAGGAGGGAACAGUACUAGGUCAGUGUCUGAUGGAGUAGUAGAAAUAGCUUGGUAUUUUCCUGCUGGUAACAAGAGCUCAGAUAUUUUCCCUGAACCUGUUGCAGCUACAAAUUUACGAGGAAACCUUGAGAGUAACAUAAAGCAAUUUGACUUUCUAAUGCAGAUAUCAGCAGCAGUCAUUAUAUUCAUCCAAACUAUUAAUGCAGAUCAGUAUGAAUUAUUGCUGAACUAUAAAAAUGCAAAGACAGAGCUUGUCUUUAUUAUAAUACCAAAGUAUAAAUUGGACAAAGAUACAAGAGAAUUUCUAAAGGCGCUGACUUCAUCGUUAAAUAAGGUAACGGUCUUAGUUUUUGAUAAAGCAACUACCAAAGCUGCAUUUGUGAAAAGGGUUCAGUCAACUCUUAUCAGGAUGAUACGACCCUAUUCAGAUUCUCAUAGCAUAGAGGAGAUGGCACAUACAGCGUCUACACUAGGAUUCAGUAUAGAUGAGAAUGUGAAGGAAUGUCAGACUGCAAAAGCAGGAGCCAAAGUGAUUACAGAUGAGAUAGUGGAUGUGGUUAAAUACAAGAGGAAAACCAUGAAACUGCAAGGGGAUUCACUAAAAGAACUGGCCAGAUUAGAGAAAGAAAUGUGCCAGAUGAAAAGACAAGGUAAUGAUAGUUCAGAACACUACAAGUCCAAAAUAAUCAAAAAGCGCGCCACGAUACGGAAACAGCAAAAUGAUUGUGAGGUUCCAUCCGGGAUAAAGAACUUUAUCAAAGCAAUAAAGAACAAAAACUCUGGAGAAAAACAAUAUUUCUUGAAAUGGAUUAGGUUUUACCUUGAUUUAACUGCUAGACAGAACCUUUCAGCUUUGCAAGAAGAGUACAAACGGACAUAUAACUCUGCCAGCAAAGAAAUGCUCUCAGUUCUGGACAAGAAGAUGUCAGACACUUCACUGGGCAUUGAGCAUUUCCUAAGGGAGCUCAGUCAAAUUUAUGAGGCUGACAGUUUCAUAAUUAAAGAUAUAAAUAAGAGAAAAUUUAAAGAACUACCAGGUAUUGCAGCUGAUCUUUUGUUAGAUGGAUUCCCAUUGGAAUUGAUUGACGGAGACGCCUCAAAUAUCCCUCUGCAUUGGAUACAAGAUGUCCUUACCCAACUGGAUGAAAAAACAGGCAAAAAAUGCAGAAUAAGAACAAUUACUGUCCUUGGAGUGCAGAGCACAGGGAAAUCCACACUAUUAAACACCAUGUUUGGGUUACAGUUCCCUGUGGCCAAUGGACGAUGCACUCGAGGGGCCUUCAUGUCGCUUCUUAAAGUGGAAGAAAACUUUCAGAGGGAGCUGGGCUGUGAGUUUAUUCUGGUCAUUGAUACUGAAGGUUUGAAAGCUCCUGAACUGGCUUCCUUGGAUGACAGUUAUGAACAUGACAACGAAUUGGCUACAUUAGUAGUUGGGUUGAGUGAUAUUACUUUAUUUAAUAUGGCCAUGGAAAACACCACUGAAAUGAAAGAUACAUUACAGAUUGUUGUGCAUGCCUUUCUUAGGAUGAAAGAAAUUGGUAAAAAGCCCAACUGCCAGUUUGUCCAUCAGAAUGUGAGUGAUGUUUCAGCUCAUGAAAAAAACAUGAGGGACAGAAAAAGAUUUCUGGAACAGCUGAAUGAAAUGACUGAAAUUGCAGCAAAAAUGGAGAAAAAAUAUACAAUAAGUAAAUUCUCUGAAAUGAUGGAGUAUGAUCUAGAGAAACACAACUGGUACAUCCCUGGUUUAUGGCAUGGAGUCCCACCAAUGGCCCCAGUAAACACUGGCUACAGCAACAGCAUCCAUGAACUUAAAAAACAUCUACUUGAAAUUAUGCAGACAUGUAAGGCUGUUAAUAUAGCAGAAUAUAUUACCUGGAUAUCAAGUUUGUGGAAUGCUGUAAAACAUGAGAACUUCAUAUUCAGUUUUCGAAACAGUCUAGUAGCCAAAGCCUACAACCAGCUGGCCAAAAAGUAUUCUGAGCUGGAGUGGAACUUUGAUAAAACAAUGCUGGAAUGGUUGACUAGAACAGAAAUAGUGAUCAAAAAUCAGUCCAUGAAUACAGUGGAGGAAAAAGCCAAAGAGUGUAUCAACAAAGCCCUCUAUAUUCUCUCUGAAGAGCAAAAAAAGAUGGAAUCUGCACUUGAGGACUAUUUUAACAAAGAAACAGAAAUCUUGCCUUUAAUAGAGAGAUACAGAGAGGAUUUUUUUAACAGCAUAAGACAUCAUAGGAGAAAGCAUGAAUCUACGACAACCAGCAAGGUUGAAGAGACCGUUGUUAUACAAAAACAAAAACACAAGAUUCAGUGCAUACAAGACAGAUACAUCGAAACCAUUGAAACCAAGGUUACUAGUCUUCUGGAAGAUUGCAGAAAUAAACAGCAUCAGCCUGAUGAAAUGGAACUAAGCCAAGAGUUUGAGAUGAUGUGGACAAACACCAUUGAAGAGUUAAAAAUUACUCGUUUACAAAGACACAGUAUUGAGAGCAAAAUGUUGGAAAUUAUUACUAAAGACAUGAAAAACAGAGGGUCGUCUGUCAAUGAAAAGUUACAACAACUCAAAAGGCUUCCAAGACCCAAUGAGAAAUUGGAGAAAAACACUCGAUCUAUAAAAAACUCCAUUGUGAAUGUUCUUAAAUAUUUUGUAAGAAGUUCCAGUGAGUCUAAAAAUCCUAUUAAAGAAGAUCCUUUUUUAAGUGCUGUAUUACAUCGAUGUUCUCAAUAUGUUAAAAGAAAGGUUGCCUCUGAUGCUGACUAUAAUGAUGCAUAUUGCUGGGAACUUAUGAAGAUAAUCAAUGAUAUGUGUGAACAGAAUGAUGGGAAGAGCUUGCAGUUGCACGCAGAGUAUGAGUUGAAUUUGAAGAUCUAUGCUUUGGGUCAUGCCAUGGAUCAUUUCCAACAGAUGCAUGAUGAGUUUAUAGAAAAAAAUGACCCUCUUUCCCGUCUCACAGCUUUAAAGCCGAUGUAUUUAGCCACGUUCAAAAACACAUUUCAAGAAAAAGAUGAAAGUUUUAACAGAGCAAAACGUUUCUGUGAAUGCUGCAUCAAGCCGGCUCUGGCUGAUCAGAUUAAUAGAAUACUUGGAAUAAGGAUAGUAGAUGAUGUUCUAUCCAAGACUAGCUCCCUGGUGUUCAAAGACAGGACAUUCUUCCAGUACACUCUUCUAAAGAACUUGAUCAACGAAAAAGAUUUCCAAGAGUACAUAAGUUAUACAAAGAAUUAUGAGGAAUUUACCAAAAACUGGAUACAGAAAUACCUUGUAGAUACAUAUGGGAACUUCAGCUCGUUGCAGUGUAAGAUUGUUUCUGAUGCCAUACAGAGAAUAAAGGACAUUCUGAGAGAGCCAGAAAUUCUAGAAUGCAACAACAUGCCUGAAUUUUUUGUAACGUUUUGUGCCAAUUUAGAUGAAGAAUUGGCACUAAAUCAGGAUGAAAUGAAGGCAAUUGUUUUCAAAAAUUCAGCAACCGUUAAAGAAUUUACUAAUUAUGUUUGCAAUUCUCUUAAUGACACAGAGGAAGAGUUAAUGUCAGAGAUAGAACAUGAGGAUAGUGAAUCUGUGCUUUGCAAACUGACAAUUAAGCCAGAAGAUGAAUUGUUUAAAAAGGUGAUUGGGUGCGGGAAGCAGUGCCCAUUCUGUAAGGUGCCCUGUGAGGCCGGGGCUACUAACCACAAGAAACACUUUGCAACAAUACACCGCCCUCAGGGUUUAGGAACAUACAGGGACAUGGAAACAAAGAUUCUGGCAUAUGAAAUAUGUUCCACUGAGGUAGUAAGCAAUAAAUUAUUUAUUAAUUCCGAUACAAGAGGUAAAAGACAUCCAUACAGAGAUUACUGCACUUACUACCCUGACUGGGCCAUUCAGCCUGACCCAAGCAUUGAUGCAUCUGACUACUGGAAGUUUGUUCUUAAGGAGUUUAAUAAAUAAUUUGCUGAAGAGUAUAAAGCUAAACCAGCUGAAAUACCAGACACUUGGCAUGAAAUAACAGAAGAGCAAGCUAUAGAAAGUCUUAAGAAAACCUUUAACAUGCAAUAAAAAGGAAGGAAUGAA